CGGCGUCCGAGGCCUGCGGUUUAUGCAGUACAGUCAGGGGCGGCAGCCGCGGCCGGUGCCUGAUCCGCGGGCCUCAUAGGCGCUGUUGGCCGGCCGUCAUCCAGCUGUUCUCACCCGCUGACCCCCGGGGGGUCCCUGGGUCCGCUCAGGAUGUGGCUGAACCCGGAAGAGGUGCUCUUGGCGAACGCGCUAUGGGUGACCGAGCGAGCCAACCCUUUCUUCAUUCUGCAGCGACGGAGGGGCCACGGCAAAGGCGGCGGCCUGACAGGUCUGUUAGUGGGAACGCUGGAUGUUGUGUUGGACUCGAGUGCUCGAGUGGCUCCAUACAGAAUACUGCAUCAAACCCAGGAAUCUCAAAUAUACUGGACAGUAGCUUGUGGAUCCACCCGGAAGGAGAUCACAGGGCACUGGGAGUGGCUGGAAAGUAAUCUGCUUCAGACUCUAUCUAUAUUCGACAAUGAGGAAGAUAUCACCACUUUUGUCAAAGGCAAAAUUCAUGGAAUCAUUGCAGAAGAAAACAAGAGCUUACAGCCUAAAGAUGAGGAGGACCCGGGCAAGUUUAAAGAGGCCGAGCUGAAGAUGAGGAAGCAGUUUGGAAUGCCAGAGGUUGAGAAGCUGGUCAACUAUUACUCUUGCAGCUACUGGAAGGGGCGAGUUCCCAGGCAAGGCUGGCUGUACCUUACUGUCAAUCACCUCUGCUUCUACUCGUUCUUGCUGGGCAAAGAAGUUACCUUGGUUAUCCAGUGGCUCGAUGUUACCCAGCUUGAGAAAAAUGCUACACUGCUGUUUCCGGAAUGCAUUAAGGUCAGCACACGGGACAGUGAAUAUUUCUUCUCAAUGUUCCUCAACAUCAACGAGACCUUCAAACUCAUGGAACAGCUGGCAAAUAUCGCAAUGAGGCAGCUCCUGGACAACGAGGGUUUCUCGGAGGAUAGAAAUCUUCCAAAACCUACCCGUUCCCUCAAAAACAUCUCUGCCCUCAAAAGAGACCUAGAUGCCCGAGCAAAGAAUGAACGGUACAGAGCAACUUUCCGACUACCCAAAGAUGAACGGCUGGAUGGGCACACAGACUGCACGUUAUGGAUUCCGUUUGCCAAGAUGCACAUCCCUGGUCAGAUGUUUGUCUCCAAUAACUACAUAUGCUUUGCUAGCAAAGAAGAGGAAGCUUGCCUGCUGAUUAUUCCCCUCCGUGAGGUUACCAUAGUUGAAAGGGCCGAUAGUUCCAGUGUGCUCCCCAGCCCACUGUCAAUCAGCACAAAGGGCAAAAUGACCUUCCUUUUUGCUAAUCUCAAAGAUCGGAACUUCCUGGUUCAGCGCAUUUCUGACUUCCUGCAGAUGACUUCCUCAAAAAGGGCUGGAGGGGACAAUGGUGGGGAGCAGAAGGCCCCUGGCCGUAAAGAAAGCAGUGGAGACAAUGGAUAUGAGGACGCUACAAAGCUCUCUCCGAGCAGUCCAACUGCUGUUGGUUCUACCCACUUCAUUCCCCAAAGCUAUGUCACCAUGAAUGCUCCCACCACUUCUCAAGGCCUCCUGAAGUUGUUUCCCCGAGAAUGUACAGAAGAAAUGGGUCCAAAGUGGGCAAAGGAGAAAAUGAAGGAGGAGUCUUGGAAUAUUCAUUUCUUUGAGUAUGGACGCGGCAUGUGCAUGUAUCGCACGUCGAAGACGCGGGAGCUGGUGUUAAAGGGCAUUCCAGAGAAUCUGAGGGGAGAACUCUGGCUCUUGUUCUCAGGGGCAUCAAAUGAGAUGGUGACUCAUCCUGGUUAUUAUGCUGACUUGGUGGAGAAGUCCAUGGGAAAAUGUAACCUUGCAACAGACGAGAUAGAAAGAGAUCUCCACCGCUCUAUGCCAGAACACCCAGCCUUUCAAAAUGAGUUGGGCAUAGCUGCCCUGAGACGGGUUCUUACAGCAUAUGCUUUCCGAAACCCCAACAUUGGGUACUGCCAGGCCAUGAAUAUCGUAACCUCAGUCCUGCUACUCUACUGCAAUGAGGAGGAAGCGUUUUGGCUUUUGGUGGCACUGUGUGAGCGCAUGCUCCCUGACUACUACAAUACAAGGGUGGUGGGAGCCCUAGUAGAUCAAGGCGUGUUUGAGGAAUUGACUCGGGAAUGCCUGCCCCAGCUGUCAGAAAAGAUGCAAGAGCUAGGAGUGAUCUCUACAAUUUCUCUCUCCUGGUUUCUCACCUUGUUUCUGAGUGUCAUGCCAUUUGAGAGUGCAGUGGUGGCGGUGGACUGCUUUUUCUAUGAAGGAAUCAAACUGGUUUUGCAAUUGUCAUUAGCCGUCUUAGAAGCCAACAUGGAGAGCCUGCUAAACGCCAGUGAUGAAGGGGAAGCCAUGACUAUCCUUGGGAGGUACUUGGACAAUGUGGUAAACAGGCAGAGUGUGUCUCCUCCGAUUCCACACUUGCAUGCGUUGCUGACUAACGGGGAUGAACCCCCUGUUGAGGUUGAUAUAUUUGAUCUCAUCAAAGCAUCAUAUGAGAAAUUUGUUAACCUGAAAGCUGAUGACAUUGAGCAGAUGCGAUUUAAGCAGAGACUGAAAGUAAUCCAGUCUUUGGAGGAUACAGCGAAAAGGAGUGUGGUCAGAGCUGUCGCCACUGAUCUUGGCUUUUCUAUGGAAGAACUUGAGGAUUUAUAUGUGUUGUUUAAGACACAACAUUUAAUGAGCUGUUACUGGGGAGGGAACAGAACUUCCAGCAGUCGGCAUGACCCCAGUCUGCCUUAUCUGGAGCAAUAUCGUAUCGACUUGGAACAAUUUCAGGAGCUUUUUAUUCAACUGACCCCGUGGUCCUGUGGCCAACACUCCACCAUCCUAGCAGCCCGAAUCUUCCGCUUGCUAGACAGCAACAAGGACUCUCUGAUAAACUUCAAGGAGUUUGUAACAGGACUUGGGGGAAUGUAUCAUGGAGACAUGACGGAGAAACUCAAAUUUCUCUAUAAGCUGCAUCUUACCCCAGCUCUUGGCCCUGAAGAAACAGAAUCUGCUCUGGAAGCAACAAAUUAUUUCACUGAGGACCUAACCCCUGAAGUAUCUCCUUUUCUGUCCGAACUGGAUCUUAUUCUGCAGUGUGAGUUCCCAGAUUCUGAAGGCCAAGGAAAUGGAUCCACAGCUGUUCCUGGGGACUCCCAAGAUAAGAAAGAUGAGAAAACAAGCACUGCUCCAGACUACAAGUACUACCUGCGGAUGUGGGCUAGUGAGAAAGAGCAGAAGAAGGAGACUAUUAAGGACUUGCCAAAAAUGAAUCAGGAGCAGUUUAUUGAGUUGUGCAAGACACUCUAUAAUAUGUUCAGCGAAGACCCUGUUGAACAAGAGCUAUAUCACGCUAUUGCCACAGUUGCCAGCCUCCUGUUGCGUAUCGGAGAGGUGGGCAAAAAGUUCAGCAACCCUCCCCUCAGAAACGCGGAGAACAAGCAAGCAGAUAUGAACAGGGAGCCGUCUAGUGAAGAAGAAGAAGAGCAGAGCUUAGGACUGGAGACGGUGCAGCAGGUGACCGUGGAGCAGCUAGAGCAGGCCGAGGGAGGCAUCCCAGUGCCAAACACACACACAGCACUCUCCCAAGAGGAGAUUCAAAAACUCCGAGACAAAACACGAGGAGCAGAAGGAAGCAGCCCCCCUACUCAACCAGGCUCGGAUGACGAAACUAAGGAUGACACAUCGGUAUCCUCGUAUUCCAUGGUCAGUGCCAGCUCGCUGCAAUGCGAGGAUAUAGCGGAUGAUACUGUUUUAGUUGGUAGUGAUGUUGCCAACGCAGUACCUAAAUAUGGUAGCACCAUUGACACAGAAUGGUCAAUCUCCUUCGAACAGAUUCUGGCCUCCAUGCUGACAGAGGCCGCCCUGGUCAGCUACUUUGAGAAGAAGGUAGAUAUUAUUCAAAAGAUCAAGCAGAAGAAAAUUGAAAGGCAGAUUAGCUCUUCGAGCGAACAUGAGCUUUCCUCCGUCUCUGGCUGAUGAUGUGGCAAAGGAAGAUUGGAGGGCAAAUAAAAGCCAUCUGGCCUAGCCUCCUUUUGAAGAAAUCAAAGUUUUCAUAAACCAUUUCUUCCCUGUCCUCUUUACGGAGCUCAGUGUAUUAUGUGUUUACCAAUAUCUAAUUCAUGCUGAUAACGUGAGGAAGGCAAAUUGGAAUCAUCUUGCACUUUGAAGAAACUACUUUAAAUUGAAAUGUUAUCUCAAGCUUUUAAUCACGUCCGCCAACGAUGCAUGCGUUUCUUCUGAUUAUAUUCUUUUUAAUGGACCUUUUUAUAUGUAUAUGCACCUGCACCUUGUCCAGCCGUAUAUGUAUCACUGGGCACUUGCUUUGGCUAUUGAUUGGGAGAAAUGAUUCUUCUUCUUCUUCUCUCAGCCACCCCGCAUUAAACCCUGUGAGUGUCAUAGAAGUGAGUGACAGCCUCAGAAUAUUAAAACUGAGUAUUAGUUGCCUUUUUCUAUCAGGUUUCUGGUAGCUCCUAGCCUAUCGGUGUUAGUCUUGUGCCCAAGCGAUGUAGAAUCCCAGGACACUAGCAUCGCUUAACAAAUACUGUAAUAGGCUUGUUGCUUAUGUGCAAUAUUUUGGUAUACAUAGUAGUACCCAUGCAAUUUGUCAUUCGUUUUUCUCUCUGUUCAUUGUCGUACAUCUCUUCAUUCAUCUCGCACUUUGGAAUAUACUAUUUUGUUACUGGUACCCAGAACCAGUUAGAAU